UCGAUGUGAACAGUCGCUGUGAUGAACUGUCUGCGUAGCUGGUGGUCGAGGCUCCGUCGCCGCUCUUCGGAUCGGUCCGACCCGGCCACGCCCAAGAACCAGACCGAGAGUAACAAACCCAAAAAACGUAAGAAGAUGUGGAGCAUGAAGAAACUGAGGAGGAUCUUCAGAAAGAAGCGUAAGGAAGAGGGUGAAGGGAAGCUUCAGGAGGAGGUUAAAGAGGGAGAAGAUCCUCAGAGGUCAGGUGAUAACGGUGAUGUUGUGGAGCCGCUGGUGGUUCCUGAGGAAAGCAGCUGGGAGAACAUUGAUGCUGGUGGACUGGAGAUCUCUGACCAUGUUGGAGACGAUAAGAAGAUGAUUAGCCAGCAUCAGGGAGAAGCUGUUAAAGUGAUGACGUGCUCUGAAGCUGAAGCUGAGUACAAGGACGAUGAAGGUCUGAUGGAUGUAUUGAACCGUACAUCUGAAAGCAUCUCCUGGUGUGAUGGAGAGAACCAGAUGCUGGAUGAGAUGAACGAAGCUGGGGCUGAAGCACUGAACGAGCUAAUGAAGCCCCAUGUAGAGAGGAAUAAGGAAGAUGAAGCAGGAGCUCUUGAAGAGCAGAUGAAGGCUGACAUGGAUGGGACUGAGGAAAACACUGUGGAGCUUCUGGAGCUGAGAGAGAGUGAAGCUGAGAGUGAAGCGCUUGCUGAGCUCACGAACAUCAAUGUGAGCGAGAAUGUGAAAGAUCCUCAAGUUGAGCCUGAAGCUCUUAAAGAGCAAAUGAAGGCUGACACGGAUGUGGAUGGGAUUGAGGAAAACGUUGUGAAGCUUUUGGAGCUGAGAGAGAGUGAAGCUGAGAGUGAAGCUGAGACUGAAGCUCUCGCUGAGCACACGGACACCAACGUGAGCGAGAACGUGAAAGAUCCUCAAGCUGAGCCUGAAGCUCUUGAAGUUCCGAUCCAUACAGACAUGGACAAGCAAGAGACAGGCACUGAGGAUCUUCAGACCUUCAAUAACAUUGAGUUUGAAGGCCGCACUGAGUUCAUGCAGACCCUGAUGGAGCGUGAAAUAUCUGGUGAGAAGAUUCAGGGAAACCAGACUGGAGAUGUGAUGGAUGUGGAAGCUGAGAUUGAAGCCAGCAAAGAGAUUAACAACACCGUAAUGGAUGAGGCUGAAGAUCAUCACGAGCAUCUUCAUGGUGCAAACCAGAUGCUGGAGGUGAUGGAGGGAGAAGCCCAGUCCAAAGCUGGUGGAGAUUUCACCCACGUCCUCCAGAAUGAGACUGAGAAUGCUGACGAGCGAGUUCAGGGUGAGAAAAACGAUCCUGGUAACAACACUGUGGAUCCAACCAAGCAAAAGAAGAAGAAGAUCAGGAGAGGAACUCGUGGACGAGGACGUAAAAUCAACUAUAAAAAGGAGAAGAAACAAGGGUCUGAAAUCACGACCAUGGUGGAAGCUGAAGCUGAAGCCACUGUGGAGAUCAUGAACGUCCGCUCGGAUGAGACGGACUCACACGAUGAACCGCUGGCAGGAAACCAGGUGAUGAAAGAGAAGGAUGGUGAGGAGGAGACUGAAACCAUCACACAGAUCACCAAGUGUCAGCUGGAAGAGUUGAUGCUGAGGUCUGAAGGUCAACCACUGGAUGUUAAAGUUGAAGAAUCGAUGGUAAAGGUGGAGGAUGAAAAGACGGAUUCUGAAGCUCUUGAGGAUCUAGAUGGAAUCGAGGUGAUGAACAACCAACCUCUGGAAGAAAAUGAAAUGCUGAACAUGUCGGACCUGGAGGUAGAAGUGGCUGAAAUGUCUAAAAACGUCCACCAGCAUGAACCUGAAGCAAACAUCAACCAACCUUCAGCAGGUAACGAGGUCCCGAAUUUGAUGGACGCUCAAGCCAGAGCUGAACUGAAAGAGUUGGAGAUGAAGAUCAAGCAGCUUCUGAAAAUAGAAGUAGAGACGAGAGAUGAAGCUCCAGUGGAAGCUGCUGAGAAGCAGAAGCUCAGAUGCUUUGAGGAGCCGAGAAUGAUGAACCUCGUACCUCCAGCAGGUAACGAGGUCCUGAAUAUGAUGGACGCUCAAGUCAGAGCUGAAGAUUCAAAUCAGCAGAUGGAAAAUAAAAGAUUGGAGAUGAAGAUCAAGCAGCUUCUGAAAAUAGAAGUAGAGACGAGAGCUGAAGCUCCGGUGGAAGCUGCUGAAGAGCAGAAACUCAGAUGCUUUGAAGAGCCGAGAAUGAUGAACCUCGUACCUCAACCAAUACAGAGGAAAAAGAUCAGGAGAGGAACUCGUGGAAAAGGACGUAAAAUCAACUAUAAGAAGGAGAACAAACAAGAGACGAGCGCUGGUGGUCCAGAAGAUCAGACCAAAACCAGUGAAGCUACAUGUUGGAGAGCUGGACACGCUGGAACGGAGCUCCUGAGGAACAGCAGGACAGCAGUAAAAUACCCCACUGGACUGGAAGAAAUAAAGAGCUGGUGAAGGACAGUGGGAGAUGAGAUUAUUCAGAAGAACAUCUGUCCAGAACUCUAAUAAAAACCUUCAAUAAAAUCCUUAUUAUUGCU